AACCCGCGCCCUGUCUAGCUCAGCCCGUCUCCUGUCUCCGGACGGAACGUCUUGUACCGGAGCCGCUCUUAAAGGGGCCAUGCACAGGAAAAGGGACCCGGUAUCCAACGCGGGGGUAUGAGACGCCACCUCCCUAUGGAGCCAGAUGAGGUCGCCGGUGGCGUCAUUGGACGCUCAGAAGAAGACCACCACACUUCAAUGUUGGCGACAUCGAAAUUCUCUCUUCCUCCUGCUGACUUCAAGACCCUACAUCAGAUAGGUUCCCGUCCCUCUUCUUGGAGCUAUUCGGUUACAGACGCUCAGGAAGAAGACGAAAGACGAGCGGAUGGGAUGUCUUCAGACGGGGAGUAUAUGCAGACAGGAAGGUUUGAAUGGACUUCAAGUGUGGAGGGCAGUGAAGGUCACUCCCAACUCAUGAUGGUUAGGUCAGACCCACCAGCUAUUACCAUGCCUGUGUUCAGAAGAGCUCUGCAGUUGGGGAGCGUCCAAGAGGCCUGGCAGAGCGGCAACUAUUCAGGGGAAGAAGCGCAGGUAGAAGUGGAAGAGGAGGACGAUGAUGAAGAUGAUGAAGAAGGCUCUGUCUACACAUGUAUUGAAUGCAGCAUAUACUUCAAGAAAAAAGCCCACCUGUUGGAGCAUAUGUUCCAGCACACCCAAGAGGGUGAAAGAGAGGGAACACAAACAGGUGAUGGUCCACAUACCUGCGGGGAGUGCGGAAAAUAUUUUGGGGAUGAAAGUAGUUUAACAUCCCAUCGUCAACUACAUCAGGAAUCCAGGCAGAAAAUUAUGGAGGAAAUCCGCAAGCUGGAAAGUUUGGCAGACGAGGGAAGAGGCGCUCGUCUGCAGUGCCCAAAAUGCCUCUUUGGUACAAACUCGUCCAAGGUCUUUGUCCAGCAUGCAAAAACACACGUUAAGAAAGGAUCUGGAGAAAACCGAACAACAUCCACAUCUCUGAGGAUGCCAGCUGACACUGUGAUGGGCAGUAGUGCAGAGGAGGGGAAUGAUGGAGCCUGGAAGAAUUCUGAGACAGAGACUGAAAGUGAGCAAGAGUGGGGUAUGGAGGUGUCCAGAGCUGUAAUGGUCGGAGGGCUGCAGGGUCCAAGCAAGGUAAAGAUGAAAACUCCACCAAGAGCAGGUACAGGGAUUUGUGCAAAAGGUGAGCAACAGAGGGUUGGGGGAAGUCAGAAGACAUCACUGGUCCUGCCAGAAACAGCUGUGCAGCUUAAGAAGAAGUUUCAAGAAGCUCUAAAGGUUGGUGGUGAAGGCGAGGAGGGUCAGAGACGCCAACUAAGGGAAGAAGUUGCCGUUGUUGUUCUUGAAAACUUAAGCUAUAAAAAAAAGAGUCCAAAGGAAUCACAGGCUUUGGGGUAUGACAAAAGAACAUUCGGGAGUAGUGGUGGUCUUUCUUCUCAAAGUUUCACCUCUGCUAGUGAACUUCAUCUGCCUAGAGAAGAAUGGCCAGAGGAUGGAGAAGGUGACCUGCCUUUGGACAUCCUGUUAAUGGAUCCCACCUACGAGGGGCAGCUUGAGGCCCUUGGUCUUCGGAGUGAGGAACGUGAGUGUCCAUACUGUCCUGAUAGAUUUCACAAUGGCAUUGGGUUGGCCAACCAUGUCCGGGGCCACCUGAACCGUGUUGGGGUCAGCUACAAUGUACGACACUUCAUAUCGGCUGAGGAAGUGAAGGCUAUUGAGCAGAACUACUCCAUUCAAAAGAAGCGCAAGAAAGUGGCGAACUUUGACCCCAGUACGUUCAGCCUGAUGCGGUGUGAGUUCUGUGGUGCUGGCUUCGACACUCGUGCUGGCCUCUCCAGUCACGCCCGGGCCCACCUUCGAGACUUUGGUAUCACCAACUGGGAGCUCACAGUGUCUCCCAUCCAUGUACUCGCACGGCUGCUUGCCCGUUCGCCUGGUCGUCCGCUGCCCCCCUUCCCAGCCUGGCACCAGGACACGGACACAGACGUGCUUCUGGAUGAGUCCGAGAAGCCGGCGAAGGAAAGAGUGACCGUCCCUUCAAACAUGCAACACUUGGCAGUGCUGGGAUCUGAUGAAGAAGAGGACAUUAGACCGUUAGACCUGGGAAUGUCUCAAAACCCAAAGCUGGACACUGGUCGGACAGAGAAGAUGCCUUCAGACCAAAGCACCAGUAGGGCUGAGGACCCAAAAGGCCCAGGCCAGACAACGUGUGAGGUAUGUGGAGCAUGCUUCGAGACCCGGAAGGGCUUAUCCAGCCAUGCACGCUCCCACCUGCGGCACCUCGGGGUGGCAGAGUCGGAGAGCAGUGGCGCCCCAAUUGACCUGUUGUACGAGCUGGCCAAGCAGGGCAAGCUGCCGCAAGAUGAGAGCUUUUUGGGGGCCAAGAAAACUGGAAGCCCCAUGCCAGGAUCCCCCAGGGGCCAAUGGGGGGACGAGGAUGGGCCCCUAAAUCUGACAUUGGAAGGGGAGCCUGGCAGAGAGACAGAUUGUCAGUUUUGUGGGGCAUGGUUUGAGACUCGUAAGGGGCUUUCAAGUCAUGCCCGUGCUCACUUGCGGCACUUGGGGGUGACCGAUCCAGAUGCCAAAGGUUCCCCAAUUGCCGCUCUUAAUUCCUUAAUUAAAAGUGAAGAUUUCAAGAGGAGGCUAUCCACCCAUUCACAAGGUGAAUCUGAUACUCAUGCCAAAGCUCCUGGAGGCAAGACCUCCACAGAAGUUUGCAGAAGCAGCAAGGCGAGCAGUGGCAGUGCUCAUGCCAAACUGACAGACACUGGUGUUUUCACAGAGAUGGCAGAAGGCAAGGGUGGUGAUCAGGCCUCCAAGGUGUCGGACGCUGGUGCCCAUUCCAUGCCUGAGGAUAACGGUGAGCCCAAGGAGACUUCUGUGCAUUUCAAGAGUCCUGGUGGCGUGGGAAGCAGCACCCAGGUAAAAAUAGUUGAAGCUGGAGUGUCCCAUGCCAUGUCUUCAGAGGGUGCUGCCCAUUCCAAGUUAGCUGAAGCUGGUAGUUCCAUGGUGAAGACUGAGGCUGGCCGUCCCCCCAGCAAACUGUCAGAAACAGGGACCCACCACAAGACUUCGUUAAGUGGCCUCUCCCACACCAGACUACCACCACCUUCGGGCACCCCACCUGCCAAGAAAUUGAAAACCACAUCUCCAGCCUGUAAAUCCAACAUGGACUCUUUCUGGACAACCAACAACUCCUCAACACCUCUGAACCUAUCCCCGGGUUCGGAGGAAGUCCGCUGCGAGUUCUGCGGCGAGUUCUUUGAGAACCGAAAGGGCCUGUCGAGCCACGCGCGCUCGCACCUGCGCCAGAUGGGUGUUACAGAGUGGCACGUCAACGGCUCGCCCAUCGACACCCUGCGGGAGAUCCUGGCCAGUGGGACAUACCCCAGGGCGGGCACCAGAGUCGGAGGUCCCAACUUGGAGAAGCGCCACCCGCAUCCUCCUCCCUCUUCCCCCUCCAGGCCAAUGCCCUACAGUGGUUUGGCUUCAUCCAUGCAGCGAAAGCCGCCUCGGCUCCCAACCUUCCAUGAGUGGCCCUCCGAUCUCUCGCCUCUAAACCUAUCCUCCCGUGCAGACCCAGCUCGGGAUAUCCGCUGCGAGUUCUGCAACGAAUUCUUCGAGAACCGGAAGGGCCUGUCCAGCCACGCGCGCUCGCAUCUGCGCCAAAUGGGUGUCACGGAAUGGCACGUCAAUGGCUCGCCGAUCGACACCCUGAGAGAAAUUAUUCGCAAAAGGCAUCUGCAGUCGCCGCAACUCUCCAACAUUAAGAAAGAGCCAAGGGGGAAUGAUGAGCCUACCGGUUCCUCCCACUUACACUCCACACAUGGCAUGGGUUCCUUAGGGGUGUCAGCUCUUGGCCGAGCCCACAACGCCUUUUUGUCUCCAAUGCCCACCAAAAGACCAGCCUCCCAUGAACCAAGACUGACCCAGUCAGAGCCAAAGACGUAUGUACGCGUAGAACCAAAACCCAGUACCCACUCUCAAGCCAAGGCCUAUGUACAGGGCGAGGCAAGACACAAAUCUUACAUGCAAGAUGAGAACAGACACAAAGCUUUCAUCCAAGGUGAAGGCAGGCCCAAAUCCUAUGUCCAGGGUGACCCGAGACCUAAAACCUACAUUCAGAGUGAUGGAAGACCCAAAACAUACAUACACGGGGACAGCAGGCCCAAACCCUAUGGACAAGGUGAAACCAAACACAAGCCUUAUUCUCAAAGCGACGGGAGGCUGAAGCAGUAUAUGCAUGGAGAUAACAAGCCAAAGGGAUAUGGUCAAGGAGAUGGCAAGCCCAAGGCCUACAUCCAAACAGAGCUCCCAUUUAAGGUCAAAGUAAAACCCUCACCAGACAAACCACCUACAACAUUGGAAGCCUGCUGCGAGCUUUGUGGCCUUUAUUUUGAGAACCGGAAGGCGCUUGCGAGCCACGCUCGCGCUCAUCUGCGGCAGUUCGGCGUCACCGAAUGGUGCGUGAAUGGUUCACCUAUUGAGACACUAAGAGAAUGGAUGAAACAGCGUCCUCAAAAGGCCGGAGCCUAUCUCAGCUAUAUCCAAGGGGGUCGCCCAUUUGCCAAGAAGUUCAAACGCUCGUCCCAAAUCCCCAAGGCUGCUGCAGCUGAGAAGGAUAGCGCCGCUGCCACGUCUGCUAAGGUGGCUGAGGCAGAUCGGGUUCUUGGAGCAUCAGGGCCGGUGGUUGACAAGCUGGAAGGACAGGGACAAAAGGCAGAACGACGGCAGUCAAAGCUUCCGGAGAUUCCUCCUUCACGGGAAGAUUCUCUCACAGACUCCUUGCCUAAAUCAGAGGAACCAAAGCCAGCCCCGAGGCCACGACCUGUUCCCUCCCUCGUUCCUAGGCCUCCGCAGACAUCGUUAGUGAAAUUUGUGGGGAAUAUUUACACGCUAAAGUGCAGGUUCUGUGACAUUCAGUUCCAAGGACCCCUUUCGAUCCAGGAGCAGUGGGUCCGUCACUUGCAACAUCACAUCCUGGAAAUGAACUUCUCCAAGCCUCCCAGUUCCCCUACUCUCGCGUCUCCACCACAGUCCGAGCCUGCAAAGGCCUAGGAUAGGCCACCGACAAGGGAGCGUCUCAUCUACACGGAUUUGUACAUAAGAUGGCAUCAGACUGGAAAUAAUUAUAGUGUAGCAGGUGAUUGCGUUUAAUAAAGGUUCUGGUGGAAAGUC